CUGGAUCACGUCUCCUCACCUCAUCCACAGCCAACGGCCCAUCGGACCUCCACUAUGAUGAAGCAGUGUGCCUUGUUGUUGCUGGCGUGUGCGGUGUAUGCUCAUGCCGCCCCCCUGGAGCCCGGCAUGAAGCCCGGGUCGUGCCAGGACGCCGUGGCCCUGGGAGCAGCAGGACAGGCCCUCGACAAGAUCAACAAGGACCGCACAAAGGGCUACGUGUUCGGUCUGCACCGCCUCAGCAACGUCAACCAGAUGGAGCAUGUGAGUUCUGUUGCUCCUAUUUUCUCACUGUAACUCUACCAGUGUGGUCCUGCGUUAAGUUAAAGGGGAGAAAUUAUUCAGCUACUGCCUUAAAGAAGAGUCCUGUAGCAUGCUCUGUUUGUUUAUGCAAUUUGCUUCAAUAGGUGGUCAGUUUUUAUGUUUUUCACGCAUUGUUUAAAUGGUUUUCAUGCAGUGGCAAAAGAUAACAGGGGAAUGAGUGUUGUUUUUCAGUAUUAGCCCCAGGGGAAUAAGUGUUGUUUUUCAGUAUUAGCCCCAGGGGAAUGAGUGUUGUUUUUCAGUAUCAGCCCCAGGAGAAUAAGUGUUGUUUUUCAGUAUUAGCCCCAGGGGAAUAAGUGUUGUUUUUCAGUAUUAGCCCCAGGGGAAUGAGUGUUGUUUUUCAGUAUCAGCCCCAGGGGAAUAAGUGUUGUUUUUCAGUACCAGCCCCAGAGGAAUAAGUGUUGUUUUUCAGUACCAGCCCCAGGGGAAUGAGUGUUGUUUUUCAGUAUUAGCCCCAGGGGUAUGAGUGUUGUUUUUCAGUAUUAGCCCCAGGGGUAUGAGUGUUGUUUUUCAGUACCAGCCCCAGGGGAAUGAGUGUUGUUUUUCAGUAUUAGCCCCAGGGGUAUGAGUGUUGUUUUUCAGUACCAGCCCCAGGGGAAUGAGUGUUGUUUUUCAGUAUUAGCCCCAGGGGAAUACGUGUUGUUUUUCAGUACCAGCCCCAGGGGAAUGAGUGUUGUUUUUCAGUACCAGCCCCAGGGGAAUGAGUGUUGUUUUUCAGUAUUAGCCCCAGGGGAAUACGUGUUGUUUUUCAGUACCAGCCCCAGGGGAAUAAGUGUUGUUUUUCAGUACCAGCCCCAGGGGAAUGAGUGUUGUUUUUCAGUACCAGCCCCAGGGGAAUGAGUGUUGUUUUUCAGUAUUAGCCCCAGGGGUGUUGACUCCGCUGUGCUGAUUGCGUCUGUAUUUCCAUUGCUGUUUCAGGGUGAAACAGGGGUUGUGUUCUACCUGACUAUGGAUGUGCUUGAGACCAACUGCCACGUGCUCAGCAGGAAAAACGCAAAGGACUGUGAGGUCCCCAAGGCUGAAAACACACCGGUAAGAACCCAACACACACACACACACACACACACCAAACACACAUACGCACAGACACACAUAACUGGAACAUUACUGUAUGUCUCAAUAUUGACUUUACCCGGGCCCUGGAUCGAAAUCUGUCCAUGUUUAAUCUGUUUUUGUCUUGUAUGUGUUUACUCACAGGUCUACGGUCAAUGCAAGGCUGUUAUCUACAUGAACCGAGUCCACAGAGUGGUUCGUCUGUACAACUACAACUGUGUGGUCAGACCAGGUAAAGUCCAGUGCUUUGUCCUCUCCAAAGCAACAAUAACAGCGUUUCCCACCAAACAGCACUUUGCAUCCAUCCACCGUGUAGUAGUUGGGUGAUGUACGGUCCGCAGAAGCUUUUUUGUUUGUCAUGUGGUUCCAAUGACUCUGUGGGAGCAUGGUGCUUGAUACACCUGAUUUUUGGGGUUUGAUUCCCAUAUAUGGACCACAUAUACUGAAUAUAUGUUAAAUAUAAAUUACUGUGUAUAAAAGCCUCUGCUAAUAACCACAUUACACAGUACAUUUCUGACCAAUGAAAGCGGCGUUCUAAACAGUUUCCCUAUUUUAUGUAUUUUCCCAGCGGCUGCGGCGACAGUGGCUAAGCGGUGUCCAGACUGUCCCUUUGCCGUGUCCAUGGACAACCAGGAGGUCCUGAAGACAGCCACCCUGUCCAUGGAGAAGUUCAACAAGGACAGCGGCUUGGCCAAUCACUUCGCCAUCCUCAACAUCACCCGUGCACGGUCAUCGGUCAGAACACAACACUACACUACCCAACACAACAACACACCCCAAUGAGGAACACAACACAACACAACACUACACUACAACACAUCCCAAUAUAGCAUAAUACAAAACCAACACCACAACACAACAAAAAUUUCAACAAAACGAUGAAUCCCCUCACAGCAGCAAAUGAACUGGUUUCAUAUUGUGGUGUAAUUAUAUCUUGUUCUCAUUGGUUCUGAUCUCUGUUGCUCUGGUAUUCCAGAUGGGCAUGGCCACCUUCUACUUUGCAGAGUUCACCAUCCAGGAGACUACCUGUGCCAACACCACCGACCCUUCAGCAGCCUCCAAGUGUCCUCUGAUGGACUGCGAGUUUGCAGUAAGUGAAAUGACAGUACCAUUGAUAUUUUAGUCAAACAGCAUAAACUGUGUAGUAACAGCGUUAUUAAACCUGAAUUACAGCCUGAAUAGUGUUUAACAGUGUAAUAACUAUGUAAGAACCAGUGUUAUGAUUUCUCCCUCUCUUUUUUCCACAGCACAAAGGACACUGCAAGGGCUCCCACUCUCAUGGCAUGGGCGGCGAGGAGUUUGUCCAGGUCAACUGUGAGGUCUUUGAGAAUGAGGUCAGGCACUCUCCAUUUGAAACAAGGGUUGAAACUUAGUUUCAGAUGCAUAGAGGAAAACUCCAGCAGCUGGAAUUCUUGUAUGCUCCACAGUGUGUUUAAUGGAUCAAACCACCAUUUCAGUUAUCAGAUCUUCAUUUCAGUUAUCAGAUCUUCAUUUCAGUUAUCAGAUCUUCAUUUCAGUUAUCAGAUCUCCCAUUUCAGUUAUCACGAUCUCCAUUUUCAGUUUAUUCUAGAUCUUCAUUUUUUCAGUUAUCAGAUCUUCAUUUCAGUUAUCAGAUCUUCAUUUCAGUUAUCAGAUCUUCAUUUCAGUUAUCAGAUCUUCAUUUCAGUUAUCAGAUCUCCAUUUCAGUUAUCAGAUCUCCAUUUCAGUUAUCAGAUCUCCAUUUCAGUUAUCAGAUCUUCAUCUGGGUUUACAUCCUUAAAUGACUAAUGAUGUUUUAGUGAUCGUGUGUAUUGAUUGAAUGAUGACGCUGUGACUGAUCCCCUGGUCGGUCGUUGUAUCCUGCAGAACUCAAUGAAUGAGAAGGCAGCUCACCUGUUGGGAGGAGAGACCGACCACAGCCACACCCACCAGGCUGGAGAACACGGCAGAGACCACACCCACAAUGCCUCUGGCACUCACGACCACACCAAGGACCACAAACACGACGGCGCCCGCGUCCAUGGUCAUAAAGAUGGCGCCCACUCUCACGAAAAGGGAGCUGCUGGCGGUCACGACAAGGGAGCUGCUGGCGGUCACGACAAGGGAGCUGCUGGCGGUCACGACCACGCUCACGCCCACUCUCAUGACCUCGGUCACGCCCACUCUCAUGACCAAGCCCACUCUCAAGACCACGUUCACGCCCACCACGCCAAGGCCCAUAACCACAGCACUGACACCGGACCGCACCAACACCACAUCUACAAGCACAACGGUGAGGGCCACACUCAUGAACAUGACCAUGAGCUAGCCCUGGACCACGACCACAAGCACGCUCACCUGCACGAGCACGAACACCACCACCAUCACCACGAGCACCCACACCAGACCGAGUCCCGCCACCAGCCCCAGGGAACUGUGACCGUCCUCCCCGCCUUGGGCCUGCCCAUGACCCUGCCCUCCUUCCCCGACCAGCCUGUGGGUAAACAGGGCGCCACUCUGCCCGUGGUCCAAGACCCAAAGAUCCCUGGGAUGAGACAGCCCACCAUCUUACCCUUCCCCACCACCGUGUCCGCUCAGUGCCCUGCUGCGGUCAAAGAUGAGGACAAGUUUGUGAAGGAGCUCUUCGCUGAGGACCCCCUAUUCAAAGCAGCUGCGUAA